UAUGAAAUGAUGGCGUUAGUGGCGCAACCAUGAAGUAACCUAACUUGCUAUAAACAAAACAUUACAAGUGCAGUGAUAGACAUUGUACCAUAACUUGUGUGUUCAGAGGUUAAAAUUAUAUUGGGAAAAUAUAAUGUUGAAAUCAAUUUUAGCAGAAGAAUGUACUCGUACCAAAUUAGCACCAUUAUUAGAAAGAAUAUUAAACGAUUUAGAUAAAGAAUCCACGCAUCACGAUUAUAUUGUUGCUUUAAUAAUAGUAUUGUUAGCAGAGGCUGGUUUUUAUUUGUCACCGUCAUAUAGUGACCGGCCACAAUGUCCAAAACUACUCUAUAUACCAAAAAAUUGGAAAUCGCGAGACACGGGAAUAUAUGAAAUGUAUUUUCAACUAGAAAGUGUCCCUGAUAUAGAAUGCAAACUAGUUGUAAUCCCUCUGGGAGACACAUUGAUUUUGAAUUUUUUUUCCCUUAUGGAUGGAAAAACAACUUACAGUAUAAGUGUACAGACUCUGAAGUAUGUUAAUCCUUACUCGAGUGAUCUUUAUGGACGGUACAUGAAUCUUAAAGCAAUAUCUCACAGGUUUAAGGAUCAAUUAUCUACACCAGUGCGUAGAGAUGUAUUUAUCAAAGCUGGUAUAAUGGGUCCUAGUCUUGAAACUAUUCCAAUUGAGUUGAAGUUAAGAAUUUUAAGACUGAUGGAUGCCUAUAGUGUAACAAGGAUGGCACAGUGUUGUAAAGCAUUCCAUGAUAUAUGCUCAGAAUCACAAUUAUGGAAGGAUUUAAUCUGUAGGGAUUUUCCAGGAUGUUACCGUACAGUAUCAAAUGACAAAGACUGCUAUCGUUUUAUAUUACCACUGAACUAUUGUUCCUACGAACUAAUUCCCGAAACAUAUCGGAAAAGCUAUUUUGCUGUAAUUACCGCAAGAAGGUCUCACCACGAGGAGGUGACUACGCAUACGAGACCCACCCUGGACCCCUAAUCCCAUUGAUUGGAAAUUGAAUAUCUUGAAAAAGCUUGUGGCAUUUACACAAGCUUGAGUUUAGUAUGAUAUCUACAGAUAUACGUGAGCAUAAAGAUUGUUCUUAAAAUUUAUUGCACAAAUUCAGACUCUCUAAAAUAUAUAUCCUAUAUACAUAGAGAUGUGUAUAUAAUAUGUAUAUAUACGUAAUAUUAUAUCACAUUAACUACAGUUUAAUAUAUAAUUUAUUAAGGAGAGUAGACUAGAGUAUAUAUAUGAGAAUUCUUAAGAACACUUCUAUUAUAUUUGAAUUUUAAAUAAUUUUAUUCUUUAUGUUCUCAGGAACACGGAAUACUACAGCUUACAGUAGUCGAUUGAAAUCCACUAAUUGUAAGAAAAAUAAGUGAGAAGCAUGCAUACGAAGGUAGAUUAUUGUGACGUAAACUAUUGAAGAAUAUUAAUUAUCAAGACCUACACUGCACGAGUGUGAUGACACUCGUUGCAAUGAAAGGCUUUUCAGUUCAAAAUUGAGGUCGCAUUUCAGUUCGGAUUAUCAUAUUUGAAUCUUUAACCAAUCACCGAAGAAACCAAAUUAUGCGACUCACCGUCGUAGAAUUGGAAAUUAGUUGCCACAAAUUCUUUGCUCGAGUCUAUGAACGUUGUUUCUUUUCUUCUCAAAUUCUCCUAUCGGUUCUAUAAAGGGCACACUUUGGUGGCAGAAAGGAACAGAAGAGAAAACAAAUUAUUAAAAUAUUAAAUUGUGUUUUGAAAUGUUAUAGAAACAGAAUAAUUAUUUCAUUGUUAUAAGGAAUUUAUUAAAAUUGUUAAAUAAUGUUUAAAGGUAGUGAAUAAUUAAAUCAAUGAUUUUAUGUUGUUAUAAACAGAUUUUUAAAAUUCUUAAGUAAUGUUUGGAAAUAUUAUUGAAAUAAAAUAAUUUAUUGACAAUGUUAAAUAAUAUUUAGGGAUGUUAUAGAAAUGAAUCCGUGAUUUAAUUGCUAUAAAUAAAGUAUUAGAAAUAUUAAAUAACGGCCAGCUUACGAUAAUAUGUUUCCGUGUUGUCGAUGUGUACGCUGCGAAGGUUCAGGUAGUAGUAACGAUUUCCCGCUGUAGUAUCAUUCAAAGUCAUCGUGAAUGUUUGGAGAGAGGGCAAAACUUUCGGUACGUCGAAAUCUGAUUUUCCUAUUAUAACAAUCAAUAAUUUUUAGAUUAUUACUGCACAUUUAUACCUUCAGCAAUAUAUUAUAAUUAACAUUAUAAUUUACAUAUUUAUUGCAAGCUACAACUACAUUUAAAGUUUCAUGUCAUUAGUUUUUCAUCUGUAAUUAUAUUAAUAUUAUAUUAAAUGCUAGUUUAUAAUGGAAAUAGUUAUGUUAUAAAAAUGAAGUUGACCAGUUAUCGUCAAUCAUGGACACGGUAAAUGUACAUAUGGGUGGGGCAGAUAAAAAUAUUACAAGUUCCUUCUCCGAAGCCAUUGUAGAUAUCAACUUUAAAUUUUUUGGUGUUAAGUAGUAUAGAGGGGUUAACACUUUAGGCUGUAAGAUAUUGUGCGGCUGAGUUUCUUGGGGAUGGAAGGGAUGUUACCCCAUUUUUUUUUUUUUUUUUAAUAGGGUGACAUUAAUUUAUCGAUAUUCGGACAAAUGUUAUCAAAUCUAAUUACUUUUACCCAAGAUAUUUUUUCUUAUUUUACAUAGUUAAAGAGUUAUAGCGGAAAAUACCUUACGUAAGGAGAGUUUUGUCACGAUGUGGAAAGAUAUCAAAAGAAAUAUAUUAUGAUUUGAAAACACGUAUCUAUUCUUAUAAUAGUUUUGCCAAUAUUUGAUAACAUUAUUGGAAUUAUAGAUUUACAUGCGGUCUGAAUUCAUCUUUUAAUAUCUUUUUUCAUAGUCAGUGUCGUUGUAAUUAUUGUUUCCUUUACAUAGCUCAAUAAAAAAUAAUCAACUGACGUUAAAUUAGGUGAUCUAUUUGAGAAAUAAUUUUCAAAGCAGAAUAAAUUUUUUUUAAUAUUUUCUGACACCGUGGAACUUUCCUUGCAUAAAAUAAAAAGAAAUGGGAAUAGUACAUAUUUUUGUCUUAAGAAAAUCACCCUCACAAUAUCUUACACUGUGAGAUAGUCUUUUUGUACCAUUUAACGUUUGAAAACUUCAAGUUGAUAUCUGCAAUGAUUUUGGGGCAAAUAGCCUAUACCCAACACUUUAUCUGUUCCACACUGUAUAAAAAUUCUACUUGGUAUGAAAUAAAAAUUGCAAUACUACGUCUUCCAAAGAGGAAAGAAUUGAUAUAUUAUUUAAAUAUUAGAUUUUUCAGAGUGUUAUUAUAAGCUUCGAAUUUUUAUUAUUUACCAUAAUACUUUAUACCAAUUUAUAAAGUUUUUAACUUAUUUAAGCUUAUACUGACGUCCAACAAUUAUGUAGUAAAUAUGUAUAUGAAUUUACUAUGUUUACACGAAUAUAAUUCUGUUUUAUAUCAUAUAAGACUACGUUAAAACAUUACUUCACUUUAAUUAUUAAUGUAAGCUAUCUUCCUAUGUUGAUUUAUUUAAUAAAAAUUUAGCAUUAUAUCUAUUACUGACUCUAAUCGUAAGCGAGAAAAAUGGGUAAAUACAAUAUUCUAUAAGCAUGGUAGCUUCUAUUCAAAAUUAUCUUUUUAUCAAUUGCUUUCCAUUCACUUUGUAUAACGAUGAACAGAAAUGCUAUAAGCAUAUAGCAUUCUUUAUUUUGUAAUUACGAAAUAGCUUGUUCUAUACUGUAUGUAGUUUCAUAGAAAAAUUAGAUUUUGAUUUAAAUCAUUAUUGUACUUAAUUGAUAAUGUCGUGUGCGACACGAAAAUGAUAAGAGAUCAGGUGAUCCUGAAACGUGAAGUACAAAAAAGCAUUGUCAGAUUUAUUCUCGUCUGUACUAAUAUACAUGUAGUUCACUUAUUAGUUAAUAGCUGAAAUCUAGUCCAGAUUCCAGAAACCUCGACGAGAAUUUUGAAUGGUCUAGAUUACAUUGCAGAAAGCGUGAAAUCGGUAAUCUCUGACAGAUACUUUAUCGAUGAUACACAAAGAAGUGUUAAUCAAAUAAAAUUAUGUAUAUAGAAGAAUUUUCUUAAAUAAAUAUUUUUGAAGAUCCAGUAUAAA